GAGGAAGAAAGGAUUGAAAGAAAAACGAGGAGAGAGGAGAGGAGAGGAGAGGAGAGGAGAGCUCCAUACACUUUUCUGCACCACAUCAUUACCAGCCAUUGAAUAAUGAAUCUGAGACAAUGACCAGCUGCUUACAGAAAUAUAUUAGCAUCAAGAUAAUGACUAUUUAAACCAGCACUGUGUCAAAUAAAAAAACAAAUGUUGUUACAUUAAUUAAAUUACUGACACACAGAGAAAUAAAAUGAUAAUAGUUUAAGUAUUGGUAUAAUUUAAAACUGCUGAGUUACAAGGUUUAAUGUGAAGAUACUGUUCAUUAUGAUUGUCUUGAUUCAGAGAAUAUUACUUGUAUACUCACCAUUUCAAAUGACAGUGCACAAAAUGUUCUUGCUCUGCUUUGAGUUCAGGCUGUGUUUGAGUGUUUCUGUGAGGAGGGAAUAUAAAUAUUCACUUAAACAGAGAAGUGAAACUAUUCCAUGAUACUCUUUGCAAUGGGGCGUCUGACGCUUGAUAUUAGCUUUUUUUUACCUUGUGCCUGAGUGUGUGCUUGCUCUUGUUUUGAGUGAUUGAAUAUUGAAAGUCUCAGAGCGACUCAUGUUGCUUGUUUGGUCUAAUUGGAUGAUUUGUUCUGGAGGAAUGUUCGGGCACAAAACACCAUUCAUCACAUCUAAUAAGCCACCAAGCCAUGAAUGUAGGAAUCUGUGUGUGUGUUCUGCUGGCUGCUUUGUCCAGUGGUUCCCUGAGUCUGAGCUCACAUCUAAUGUCACAAAGACCUGAGGGUGAGGCUCUUGCGUCAGACAGCCUGUCUCCCCCCUCACUCAGCCACACACGCCACGCCCGCUCAGCUCCGGCGCCACCAUCAGGCUUGCUGACCAACUACAACCAAAAGCAGGAGGAGGCAGACGCUCGGAGCGGCCUGAGCCAGCUCCUGGCCAAACUCAUCUCCAGGAAAGUCUCCCCCUACCACAGCAGAAGCUCCCUGACCAGCAGAGCCAGCGGUAUGUCCCCCGGCCACAGGAUAAAGGACAGAGAUUACCUCGGCUGGAUGGACUUUGGACGACGCAGUGCAGAGGAAUAUGAAUACUCCUCCUAAAGGCAUGGCUUGCUCUCGCUGAAACCUAAGUUACAUCCCCCAACAUCACCAAUAAACGCCCCCAAGAAUAACAAGCCCUUUUUGCACGGCACUUACUGGAACCAAAGGGGCUGAAUUGACUGAACCCUAGAGGGAGAUAUAGGCAUUGUGAUAAGCGAGAAAGGAGGAAAAAAAAUCUAUCGGCAAAUCAUAAAAUCUGUGGUCCCCGAAGAGCACUUUCCACAGUAUGUCUGAAACACAUUAAAGCACAAAAUUUAUAUUUACAGAAAUGUCUGAAAAUAUUCAAUGUUGUGUUUCUUGGAAGUAAAUCCUGUGAAAAAAAACCUCUAAAUUACUGUAUGUGAAUCCAUUUCAAACCUGUCUGUGGCUCAAUGUGAGUCUCUGUGAGACAGGCUCAAUGAUUCCUGUUAAAGACUAAAAUCGUUAAAGAAAAACUCACUUAUAAAGUUUGACUUUUUAAAGAAGCAUUCAGUUACAGCAAAGAAAAUGUACAAUAGAAUAUAUAGUAGUUCACAGGUUUGGAUCUACUUUCAGCAGAGGAUUAAUACACAUUUAAUGCUCUAGAAAGCAGAUUGACUGAGCCCAAAUAAACUAACUGUGCAUGUGUGUGUCAGAUGGUUUAACAGUGUGUCCAAACUGAUGGGUUUCAAUGGUUUCAAUAUGUUUUUGAUAACAGUGGGUGUUCAUGCUACAGUAAUUUCAGGUUUUAUUUACUUUUUAUUUUCCAAGAAUGUGUUGACAAGAAAACUCUAGAAUAUUACUAGACUGAUGACGCUAGCUUUAAGAUGUAUUGACAGCUGGACAGAUAUUUGCUCUUCUGCAAGAUUGAACAAUAUCCUUCCAAUAUCAUUCUUUUGAAUGAAAAGGAUUUAAAGAGAUCUUUAGGGAUACGAAGACACAACCGGAGCGAGGAUCUAUCUUCUCCUUUCAAAAUAAACUGGAGCCCUAUUCUGGUGAGAUGUGAGUCCUGGCGAUCAAAGUUAAGUGUCUAACUUUACAGACAUAUCAGAAUGUACCAAAGGCCUUAGAUUGAACCUUAAUGAGCAACUUAGGCGUCUUUAAGAAUUUGGACCAGCAGUGAGAUUUCAGUCUGUGAUUGGUACCUCAGUUCACUUUGAUUUGACACAGAUGAGGAAAAAAGUAUUUUCAUAGCUUCUGCAACCAAACACGGCAGGGUUACACAACGUAACAGCUAGCAGGUGUUAACUUUACAGUAUGGAGAUAGGAGUGUUGCUGAUUUGGAAGAAAAGGAGCAAAAACAGCAACAACUUUUCACCUUCAACAUGUCUUCAGACAUGGCGACAGUAACCCUAGCAGUGUGGAAAACGCAUGACGUGUCGAAGGGAGCACAGGUGUUCACUUCUGUUCAUGAGAUGUCCGCGAGUCUCAGAUAUACAUUUAAAUCAUUACAAUUUCAAAAACUGUAGACUGAAGUAGAAUAGUAUCAUCCUUAUGAAAAUAUUAUUAAAAAGGAAUCUUACAUCACCAGAUGAUAAAAAAAAUAAUGUUUCUUAAUAGAGAUUUAAUCAAAUUCAAAAUAAUGGUCAUUUUUCCUCUGAUGUCAGUAAAUGAGGUUGUUUGGACUGAUAUAUGUUUUAGGAGGGCAAGAUGAUGUUGGGCUGAUCCAGAGCCUUCAUGUAUCUACAGUACGUCUGCAUUCAGGAGAAAAACUGGACGUUUAUCUGGGAGUGUCUUUACAUGAGCAUUUGGUGAUAUUUAUGAUGGUUUCCUUGCUAACAUAAAAGCCAGGAUAAUAUCAAUGUCUAUCAGGCUUUCCAAGGAUUAGGAGAUUAAUUAAAGAGCCAGUUUUCAGAAUUCAA